AUGUCCAUUUGUAGAAGGCUCAGCCCUCAAACCAAAUUGGUUCCAGAUCGCACAAAACAUCAACCCAUCCUGAAGAUCAAGGUUGAUCAACACCUCGAUUCAAAAAUUUACACAUCGGGCUCAUUUGUCUCUGGAUGGCUGGAAAUUACCUCCCAAGCCGAUCUCGCUUUUCAAAAUCUAGGCCUUGUCUUCAAAGGAGUUAGCACAUCACAAGUUGCUUUAUGUCAACAUGCCGUCCUACCAUCAAUGCAAGUAUUCUUACAACGCAGCUUGCCAAUUUCCAUAGACUCUCCUCCCAACAAUCGCAUACUUGAGGCUGGCAAUUCUUACAUCAUCCCAUUUGCCUUCAAUAUUCCUACCCGGUUACCCGAUGCUGCCUGCCAACACAAAGAUGACUUAAUUCGCGAGCGACACCUUCAGCUACCUCCGACAGUGGGAUCAUGGGUAUCAGACGAUUCAAUGGGACGCUGUGUACGAAUUGAAUAUCUCAUCGAGGCACGACUGAUCUUACCGGGAAAGAAAUCCAAAUCGCCGAGUCAUAUUCAGAACAGUCAUCCUAUUCGAGUGAUGCCAUAUCUUCCUGAGCGACCUCCACUUUGCAUUGAUUCAAAAAGCACGAUAUACCGCAUGUCACACGAGAAAUUCGUCAAAAAGAAUAUCCUCUCGCGAAACGUGGCUUCCAUAACAGCUUCAGUUACUCAGCCACCGCCUAUUUUCCUCUCCGACAGCUUGUCUACCUCUGGUUCAAUGAUAAAAGUCGACCUUCAAUUUACAACGAUAUCAGCCAAUGUGCCUCUUCCUGAUGUAUAUGCUCAAUACGCCUCGUUAGAAGCGACUACCACUCAUUCACUGGGCCAUAUGGGAUACUUCCCAGACGAACAGAAGCAGGACCUAAUGGGUUCCGAUUUGAUAGUGUCUUACCGAACCUCAAAUAGGCUAGACAUUGGGCAAUCAGAAAAGCUAGUCUGGGAAAAAACUUCGACGGAAGUUGAAGAGGCGGAAUAUAUUCAAGAGUCUUCAGCGAUCACUCACUCUGCAAUGAAAAGGUGCACGUCUACGGGUGAUGUCAGCGAAGCUGGGCACGUUACAUACAAGGCCAGUCUGUUUCUGCCAAUUAGGGUGCCUGGGACGCUUAAGAAGUUGUUCCUUCCUACUUUCUAUUCGUGUCUCGCGUCUCGAACGUAUGCUGUGCGUGUUAGCUUGACGUCGGGGAGGUAUAAGAUGACUUUGCCUCUUACGAUGCCAAUUCAGAUUGUUAGCGAGGACUGUACUCCUCCUCCUUAUAUUGAAAAACCAAGAUAUGUGUGUGCGUGCUGA